AUGUUUGAUGGUUAUUGUAGGUAAAUUAUGUAACCUAAGCGUGUUGCUUAUAAUAAAUCAGAUUUAGAAUGUGGUUUUCCAAGAUAAGAUUUCUAAUUACAAGGAUUAUAAUGUUCUUUAUAUAAAUGCAAUAAAUAUACAUAAUCAUGCAUCUUAUAUUUGCAUGGUUAUAAUGGAUCAAGAUUAGAAGCUGUUUAAUAUGCUUCCUUUGUAUGCAAAAAUGAUUUUGAUUUUUGUUCAUUUGAUUUUUAGGCAGCUGGAUAAUCUUAAGGUGAUUUUGUGACUUUUGGGUAAUUAGUUAUGUUAAUGAAGUUUAAAAGAGGAGGAGAAUGUAGCGUUAGUGAUUAAAUACUUAAAGGAGAAAUAUUUUCAUAUUAUAUUGUGGGGAAGAUCAAUGGGAGCUACAACAGCCUUGAUGUAUACUUAAAAGAAUGCAAAUAUAAGAUGUUUAGUAUUGGAUAGUCCAUUUUUAGUUUUGGAAGAUGUGGUUAUAAAUUUAAUAAAAUUGAAGCUCCACACUCCAGAUAUAAUAAAUAAAGGAUUAUAUGAGUUGAUAAAAAGUAUAAUAUCUUAUGUAAUGUAGGAUGCAUAGCAAAAUUAUUUCAAUUUCAUAUAAAUAAGGUUUAAUUGCCUUUAAAUUUAAAUAUCACUUGUCCAAUGAUAUUGUUAGCAUCAAAAUAAGAUCAUUUAAUUCCUUAAUAUCAUUUUGAUUCAAUCUAUAAAGGAUAUCUUGGACAUAAGAGAAUGGUUGUUUUGUAAAGUAAUCAUAAUGAACAAAGAUCCACUGAGAUUAUAAAGACAAUUAUUGGAUUUUGUUAAUCUAUGACACCAUAAAGUCGAUUCAGUCCAACUAAAUAUCAUGAGCGUUUAUUAGGGGAUUUAGAUGAACAAAAAUAUAUAGCUACUGGAAUUAAGAUAAAAUAGAAAAUUAUGAGAAAUUAAUCAGCUUCUACUCAUAAUAAGAAUUCAGCUUAGAUUUAGAAAGAUAAAGCAUUGAUGUAAUUGUCAAUUCUUAAAUGA